AAUGUCGUUGGGUAGUCAUUGGCUGGUCACCUGUUUCAUUUAUUUAAUCCGGGCCAGACAGGGAAAAUAUGUCAGACAAGCAAAAUUUGUGGAUAUUUGGCUAUGGUUCUCUGAUAUGGAAGGUAAACUUUCCAUUUUUGAGGAAACUUCCUGGUUUCAUCGAAGGAUACGAGCGAAGAUUCUACCAGGGAAGCAGUGAUCACAGAGGUGUUCCAGAGAAGCCUGGAAGAGUGGUUACACUCCUGGAAAAUGCCGAGGAAAAAGUUUGGGGAAUUGCCUAUGAAAUUGCAGCAAAGGAUAUACCCAGUGUGAUUGACUACCUUGACUACAGAGAGAAGAAUGGCUACAAGGCAACAUGGGUAACAUUUCAUCCUCAAGAUACUUGCCAUCAUCCUUUUGAAACAAAGCUUUACAUUGCAACACCUCAGAAUGAAUUUUAUCUUGGACCUGCACCGUUAUCAGAGAUUGCAAACCAAAUUCUACACUCUAAGGGUCCUAGUGGGACAAACUCUGACUAUCUUCUAAACUUAGCUCAAGGCCUUCGGGACAUUUGUUCAGACAUUAAGGAUGAUCAUUUAUUUCAGCUGGAAAUCCUAGUUAGGAAGGGUUUAUCCAAUGCGGCUUCUAAUUGCCCUUUAUCUUAAUCAAUUCCUCUCUCUUAAAUUUUGCAAGACUGGCCUACAUAUUUUUAAAUUGACAUUGAUCCCCUAAAAAAAUUUUGGAUGCCAGAUUCUUUUGAGCCACAGGCAACAAUUGAAAAGUAAGUUUUGAAAUGAAUGUUUCCCAAAUUGCAUAUUAAGUAGUUUUUCAUACAUAGCAUCAAAUGUGCAUUUACCCUCUAGUUGUUUGGUAUCUAUGUCUUUAAAAAAAGAUACAAAAACCAAGACUUUAAGUGUCACUCCAGAGUAUAACAAAGGAGGGUGGGGUCCUGAAAAUUUGGACUUCAUAUGUGUAAAAGGAAAACUUCAAAUCUAUCUUCUUGUGUACAAGGUGUGAGGGAAAUUUUGAUGUUUUUUCACAAUGGAAAAAAUUUCACAGG